UCCCGUCGAACCGCCUCACCGACGCCGUCCCGGAGGGGAUAAGGCCCCGAUGCCUCGGGCUUCCCCGUCUCCCCUCCCCACUUGCCUCCUCGCCCUCAGAUCCCCCUCUCCACCUCGCUCACUCUCCCCUCGCUCCCUCUCUGCUUUCCCCUCGCCCGAGCGCCGCCAUGGCACCGCCGUCGUAACGCACGCGGCCCCCGCCACCGCCUCGCAUCGCCUCCGCGCCAAGAAGGACUGCCUCGACCUUCUCUUCCUCCCCGAUGAAUCACCCGAGCAGGAGCGCCUCUGCAUCGUCCCCUACGUCGCCGCCUCCCCAACAGCUUCGGCCUCCGCUGCGCUCCUAAGUUCCCGCGCGGCCACUGUGUGCCUCUACACUCCGAGACCGGCGUUGAUGCGACUGAGUACGACUACAUUCCCGACGACCGCUCCUUGCCAAAGCAACCAGAUGUCGAAGCCCAGGAGCCAGAUGCCACCGCUGAUGCCUACUACUACGUGGAGACCGCCGACGACCAGGAGUAGUUAG